GGGAGGGAGGAUGGGAAAUGGAGGGAGGUGGAGGAGAGAGUAGUAGUGUAGUGUAGAAACCGCGUUCUCUCUCUUCAGUCUCCGGUUCGCUCAGUCUGCUCAUCAGCCGAUGGAGUAGAGCUCCUCUUGACACGCAGAGAGCAGGUCACCAGGUUACUCCCCUAUGAUGCGCUGCCUGCUGUUACCGUGAGCGUUGCGGUAUCAGCUGUAGCUAGCGUGGCAGAACGUGUUCUCGCGACCCACCGGGAGUUUUGGAAACGACACAAUCACCACCCAACACGCGUUCGACCGGGGCCAGGCUGUGCGAGUCACGGAUCGCUCCCGAGCCGCCCCGCGCGCUCGCCCUCGCGCUUGCCCCUAUGGAGGGGGACGUGAUGGACAAGCUGGAGGACAUGGCCUCGGUGUACGAGUUCGACCCGAUCACCGGGAACAUCCCCGCCACUAAAGUAGAGAUCACCGUCUCCUGCAGGAAUCUUCUAGAUAAAGACACAUUCUCCAAAUCUGACCCAUUGUGUGUGCUCUAUACCCAAGGAGUGGAGACCAAGCAGUGGAGAGAGUUUGGUAGAACAGAGGUGAUUGACAACACUCUAAACCCAGACUUUGUCAGGAAGUACAUCCUGGACUAUUUCUUUGAGGAGAAGCAGAAUCUACGCUUUGACUUGUAUGACGUGGACUCUAAAAGCCCAGACCUCUCCAAACACGACUUCUUGGGUCAGGUGUUCUGUACUCUGGGGGAGAUCGUGGGGUCACCUGCCAGUCGACUGGAGAAACCACUGGGCGGUAUAGCUGGGAAGAAAUGUGGCACCAUCAUUCUGUCUGUAGAGGAGCUGGGUAACUGCAGAGACAGCGCGACAAUGCAGUUCUGUGCCAACAAACUGGACAAGAAGGACUUCUUUGGCAAGUCAGAUCCAUUCAUAGUGUUCUACAGGAGUAACGAGGAUGGAACGUUUACUAUCUGCCAUAAAACUGAGGUUGUGAAGAACACGUUGAACCCAGUGUGGCAGUCAUUCACCAUUCCAGUCAGAGCGCUCUGCAAUGGGGACUUUGACAGGACGAUCAAGGUGGAGGUGUACGACUGGGACCGCGAUGGCAGCCAUGACUUCAUAGGGGAGUUCACCACUAGUUACCGGGAGCUAGCUCGAGGCCAGAGCCAGUUCAACGUCUAUGAGGUGGUGAAUAUCAAAAAGAAACUGAAGAAAAAGAAAUAUGUGAAUUCAGGAACGGUGACCCUCCUCUCCUUCUCUGUGGAAUCAGAGUGCACAUUCCUGGACUACAUCAAGGGAGGGACCCAAAUAAAUUUCACUGUGGCCAUUGAUUUCACCGCGUCUAAUGGUAAUCCGUCCCAGUCCACCUCUCUCCACUACAUGAACCCGUACCAGAUGAAUGCCUACGCCAUGGCCCUGAAGGCUGUAGGGGAGAUCAUCCAGGACUAUGACAGUGAUAAGAUGUUCCCUGCUCUGGGGUUCGGAGCCAAGCUGCCCCCUGAUGGACAGGUCUCACACGAGUUCCCUCUGAACGGUAACAUAGAGAACCCUUACUGUAAUGGUAUAGACGGCAUCCUGGAGGCCUACCACGAGAGUCUGAAGACUGUUCAGCUCUACGGACCAACCAACUUCGCCCCUGUAGUCAACCAUGUGGCCAGGUAUGCUGCAGCGGUUCAGGACGGGUCCCAGUACUUCAUCCUCCUCAUCAUUACAGAUGGUGUCAUAUCAGACAUGGCUCAGACCAAGGAGGCCAUCGUCAACGGGGCUAAACUGCCCAUGUCCAUCAUCAUCGUUGGAGUGGGACAGGCUGAGUUUGACGCCAUGGUGGAGUUGGAUGGUGAUGACAUCAGAAUCUCUUCCAGAGGGAAGCUGGCAGAGAGAGACAUUGUCCAGUUUGUCCCAUUCAGAGACUACAUGGAUCGUACAGGGAACCAUGUCCUCAGUAUGGCCCGGCUAGCCAAGGAUGUCCUGGCUGAGAUCCCUGAUCAGUUCAUCUCUUAUAUGAAGAGUCGGGGCAUCAAACCCAACCCUGCACCGCCCCCCUACACACCCUCUGGACACACACACCACACACAGAUCUGACCACCUCACACACACACCUUUACACUGAGUACUGAUGAGAGAGACACCAUCAAAGAUUUGCAACCCCUAGGAAUCAUAGGAGGGGAACUCUCUGUCUACUUCCAGAUUGGAACAUCGAGACAGGAAGUGACGUAAGAGGAAGCUAUUAAAGCUACAGGUGUUUGUGUCAGAACUCUCCCGGACAGGUAACUCUCUGGACUGGGGAAGACAACAGUGUUUCUGUUCAUUGUGGUUCUAUCUAUUCUGUUUGUCUCUCUGGAUGAAAAGAGAGAUCACCAUGGAGAGAUUAUAUGUUGCUGUGCCAUACAAGGACUAUGGUGAUCGAUGACUUGUCUUUUUAUCAACAUACAUGGGCCUGUGACUGUUUUCUCUUGUAUUGUUUAAGAGCAGGUGUGAUCGAGGGAUCAUGUUGUGGUUGAAACUUGUGCCUGUCUGUAGAGGGGUCAUUUAUCCGGCCAAGUGGAAGCCUUGUGUGAACACUGACAUCUCACCUUCGACCUUUGAUCUUGCAUGUGAUUGGUGUAUUGGAGCGCGUGUGUUAAGGUGGUGAUGUUUUUAGAAACCUUUCCAUCAGUUUACUAGUUUGUUUUAGGCCUCAGACAUGUCUACAUAUUGAUCUGUAACGUCAUCAUUCUAGUUUGUUUUAGGCCUCAGAUAUGUCUACAUAUUGAUCUGUAACGUCAUCAUUCUAGUUUGUUUUAGGCCUCAGACAUGUCCACAUAUUGAUCUGUAACGUCAUCAUUCUAGUUUGUUUUGGCCCUCAGACAUGUCUACAUAUUGAUCUGUAACGUCAUCAUUCUAGUUUGUUUUAGGCCUCAGACAUGUCCACAUAUUGAUCUGUAACGUCAUCAUUCUAGUUUGUUUUGGGCCUCAGACAUGUCCACAUAUUGAUCUGUAACGUCAUCAUUCUAGUUUGUUUUAGGCCUCAGACAUGUCUACAUAUUGAUCUGUAGCUUCAUCAUUCUAGUUUGUUUUAGGCCCUCAGAUAUGUCUACAUAUUGAUCUGUAACGUCAUCAUUCUAGUUUGUUUUAGGCCUCAGACAUGUCCACAUAUUGAUCUGUAGCUUCAUCAUUCUAGUUUGUUUUAGGCCUCAGACAUGUCUACAUAUUGAUCUGUAGCGUCAUCAUUCUAGUUUGUUUUAGGCCUCAGAUAUGUCUACAUAUUGAUCUGUAACGUCAUCAUUCUAGUUUGUUUUAGGCCUCAGACAUGUCCACAUAUUGAUCUGUAACGUCAUCAUUCUAGUUUGUUUUGGGCCUCAGAUAUGUCCACAUAUUGAUCUGUAACGUCAUCAUUCUAGUUUGUUUUAGGCCUCAGACAUGUCUACAUAUUGAUCUGUAACGUCAUCAUUCUAGUUUGUUUUAGGCCUCAGACAUGUCCACAUAUUGAUCUGUAGCUUCAUCAUUCUAGUUUGUUUUAGGCCUCAGACAUGUCUACAUAUUGAUCUGUAGCGUCAUCAUUCUAGUUUGUUUUAGGCCUCAGAUAUGUCUACAUAUUGAUCUGUAACGUCAUCAUUCUAGUUUGUUUUAGGCCUCAGACAUGUCUACAUAUUGAUCUGUAACGUCAUCAUUCUAGUUUGUUUUAGGCCUCAGACAUGUCCACAUAUUGAUCUGUAACGUCAUCAUUCUAGUUUGUUUUGGGCCUCAGAUAUGUCCACAUAUUGAUCUGUAACGUCAUCAUUCUAGUUUGUUUUAGGCCUCAGACAUGUCUACAUAUUGAUCUGUAACGUCAUCAUUCUAGUUUGUUUUAGGCCUCAGACAUGUCUACAUAUUGAUCUGUAACGUCAUCAUUCUAGUUUGUUUUAGGCCUCAGAUAUGUCCACAUAUUGAUCUGUAGCUUCAUCAUUCAAGGUGAAAAAAAAGAAAAGUAUUUGUAAUUUUUUGUUUCAUUGCUUCACUAAGUUUUUGGUACUCCCAUAAGUUAUUGAUUCUUCUCUUGCCUUUCAAAGCAUGUUUGUGUAGGAUGAAAUUUCCCUGUAUGCCUGUAUUUAUAAUGUAUCAAAGUGGCAUGGAUAUAUAAGGAGUUAUAAUGAAUUUGUAUUUGUUUAGUUAUUUUAUCAUUUCUAGGUACCUUCCCAGUUUAGAUUUCUUUACAACACACAGUUAGUUAGUUAGUUAGCAAUACGAUUAAGCACAAGGGCCAGAUACUUCAACCACCACAGCAAUGGGUAGAACCUGUCUGUGACAUCAUCAUAACUGUGACAUACAUAGCCACACCUGUAACAUACAUCAUCAUAAAUAUUGGUUUUGAUAGUUGACCAGGUCAUAUUUGGGAUCAGUCAAAGAUAUUUAAAAUAUACAAAUUAUUACGCAAUUCAAAA